ACGGCGGCAGUACCAUGCCCGGCACCCGGCACCACCGACCCACCCAUCCCAAACACGCAGUGAUUGCACAAUAACGUAUAGCGAGCUCGCAAAGCGUCAAAUUUCAGCGUCAACAGAGGGAAUUUCAGAAGGAGUGCAACAAGCACGGGCAGCAUAGGAGGCGAGAGGGGGUGAGGAAAAGACGGACCUUAGGCUGGUCUGGCUAUAGGCGGGAUUCAGCUGGCCAGCGGCGGCUGACUAUUCACACGACGGAACGCAGUCGGCUCGAGGUCGCUCGAGUCGAGGCAAGUGGUGCAACCAGGACCUAAGUGUCUACUCAGGAAUCGUACCAGCGGACACAGCUCAGGAAAAUGGACAUCAGGAAAGUCACAGGACUUAACAUGGAAUGCCCGGAGUGUUUUGAGAGAUUUGAUGAACUAGGACGAAGGCCCAAAGCACUACCAUGUGGCCAUGCUUUCUGCCUCAAGUGCCUAGAAACUGUGGACAGGUGUUUCAUUGAUAAAAAGGAAUUCACCCUCCUCCCCAUUGAGCUACCAGAUCAUCACAAUAGUAUGGCAAUGCUUCGUUCCAAUAUAAACUCCACAAGUGGUAGUUAUGUGCAUGUUUUCUGUCGUGACUGCAACAAACCAGCAGAAGAAAAAUGUAUUAUUGAAAAACACAAGAUUUCUAGCAGAAAACAAUUCUUGUUUGAGCAACUUGUGCAAAAGUUAAACUUAACACACAGUCCAUUUCACCCACAGAAUAGCCAGAAAUUUGUAGAAAGUCUUACUGAGGUCGAGGUUGCUGAAGCAAUCCAAAUGAUGUCGGGACAGACGACACCAACAAACAUUCUACUGAGGGGAGGCAAUACAAGGUGGCUAGCAGAACUGCCACAGGGAUGCGGAAAGGAUGACGAUGAUAAUGCAAAAAUUUUCCGAAGUAUUCUAUUUUUGUUGAGACAGAAAGGAAUAUUGCCACAGGAGGUCAUUUUGACUGCAGAAGUUAAGAAACCUAUACAAAAACCAAAAGUUGAUCCAGAAUGUGUGCUGGAUUUGAAUAAUAUCACUUCAGGCAAAGACCAAACAAGAUACACCACAGAGAAAGAGAAGCUUAUGUCAGAAGAUCAGUUGUUAAAAAUUCGGAGACUUAUUGGAUUGUACUGUGACGGAGAUAAAAAGUGGACCCACCAGCUACUGCAGCGUCUUGCUCCUGUCCUUGAGGAGGUCCAUCUCUAUAACUUUCAUCUUGAACAUCUAGAAGCAGUGUUGGCCAUGCCUGAACUCCGUUGGCUUGUUUUGGAGGACACUAAAAUCCCCAAUAUGAAAGAUGAUGAACUCCCUAAAAUAACUUUGCAACAUCAAAGCAAGGUAGAAUUUCUCUGGGCGAAUGUUUUCAAUAGAAACUAUGAAGACAGGCUUUGCAAAUUUAUUGUGAAGAAGUUUCAAGCAUCUGUUCAGAUUCUGUGUGUGCCUUUGCCCGAAUACCAUGCCCAUGCAGUCAGUUUUUUUGGAGACCUGGAACUACCAAAUCUUAAAAUGUUGUUGUACAUGAGCAGAUACUGUGGUAGUGACAACUGUGCUGGAGUCAUGGUUGCACUUCGUAAGAGGUUCCCAGGGCUAAAAAUAGUUUGCCUGGCUUGUGACAGAACGGAUAAUUUUGAUGACUGAAAUAAAAUUGUCAACGGCCCUAUA